ACCACAGCAUACUUCCGGUCUUAACAACAACAGGUAAUGUGUUGAGUCCGGGUAUUUAUGUGCUUGAUUUAUUUUAUUAUGGUUGUUUGCGCUCUAUAUGGAUGCCCAGCAAACAAGGCCAAGAAUCGUGGCCUUUCAUUUCACCACCUGCCCAAGAAUAAUAUAGAAUGGAAAAAUGAUCUCUUGGGUGUUAUUAGAGCAGGCAGAGCAGAUACUCUCAACGAAAAAAACUUGGUGCUAUGCUCUAGACACUUCACAUCUGAUUGUUUCGAAGAGCAUGUGAGAAAGAAAACAGGUUUAGCUUAUCGUGUACUGAAGCCAGGAAGUCUCCCUACCUUGAAUCUUCACAUUAAAAAUAUAGUCACAAAAAAGCUGGAUUCUAUUAGACAGCGACCUGUACAUGAAACCAAUGAUGUUAUAACAUUCCAUCAGUGUGUUGUAUGUGAUGAGAUGUUCCAACAAUACAGUGAUUUAGAACAACACAAUAAAAUACAUGUUAAAAAUGAGAAAACUGAUGAUGUAGAUGAAUAUUGUUAUGUUAAAAAUGAGAAAACUGAUGAUGUAGAUGAAUAUUGUCAUGUUAAAGAAGAGAAAACUGAUGAUGUAGAUGAAUAUUGUUAUGUUAAAAAUGAGAAAACUGAUGAUGUAGAUGAAUAUUGUCAUGUUAAAGAAGAGAAAACUGAUGAUGUAGAUGAAUAUUGUCAUGUUAAUGAAGAGAACACUGAUAAUAUUGAAACAUUUUAUCAAUGUAGUUUAUGUGAUGAGAAAUUUAAAUCUCACACUAAUUUGAAGAAACACUGUCAAAUUCAUGUUAAGGUCGAGACAAGCAUGGAACAUAUUUUACAACAAUUUAAAGAUGUCAAUAAGAUUCAAGAUAGUAUGCGGUUGAAAAAAACUUUUGAAUGUGAUGUUUGUGGAAAAUCAUUUUCUCGCAAUAGUGGUCUACUGGAACAUAUGAAAAUUCAUACGGGGGAAAAACCAUAUAAGUGUGAUGUUUGUGGUAAAUCAUUUAUUCGAAAGGCUGGUCGACAGCAACAUAUGCGAACUCAUACAGGGAAUAAACCAUAUAAAUGUGAUGUUUGUGGUAAAUCAUUUAUUCAUUAUACUAGUUUACCGCUACACAUGAGAAUACAUACUGGAGGAAAACGUUAUAAAUGUGAUGUUUGUGGUAAAUCAUUUACUCAGAAUGGUGGUCUACAGCAACAUAUGAAAAUUCAUACAGGAAAGGGACUUUUUAUAUGUCAUGUUUGUGGUAAAUCAUAUUGUCAGAAGGUAGAAAUUGAGAGACACAUCAGAACUCACACGGGUGAACAACCCUAUAAAUGUGAUGUUUGUGGUCGGUCAUUUAAUCGAAGCAGUAAUCGGACAGCACACAUGAAAAUUCAUACAGGGGAUAGAACCUUUAUAUGUGAAUUUUGUGCGAAAACAUUUUUUAGUAAGGGUGAUCUAAAUAGGCAUACAAGAAUUCACACAGGUGAAAAACCCUAUAAAUGUAAUGUUUGUAGUAAAUCAUAUGCCAUGAAUUCUCAUUUAAAAAGGCACAUGAAUAGCCAUACAAAACUAAACACAUUUCAAUGUGAUAUUUGUCGUAAGUUAUUUACAAAUAAAUGUCAUCUACAAAAACACAUAAAAAUCCACACAAGAAUAUGACAUUUUACAAAUUUUGGCAUGUGAUGUUUUGUAGAGUCGCCAUCUAUGGCAGCAAUUUAGAACUCAUCAGGGUACAACAUUAAAUUAAAUGUGGUUUAGUGUCCUACUUUCUGCUCUGACUAGGCUUAAAUGAAGAUGGUCUUGCGCCAUGCAGUGUGCUAUAGGGGGCUUGCCACGACAGCGGCACUACAUCUGGCUCUGAUAUCUAAUUCCAACUGGCCAGGGUUAUACUAUGUGCUAGAGAGUUGGCAAGAAGCUCAGUAUUCUGAUAUUUGAGAUUAAAUAAGCAAAAUGAUAUUCUGGGAGGGAGGGAGUUGACAAUAUUGACCUAAUUUGAAAAGUAAAGGUAUGUAGAAUUAACAGUUAUUAAUCAAAUCGUCUGAAAUUUCCCUUACAAUCUCUAUAACCAUGGGAAGUGGUAGAUGUGCAAAAGUUCAGUAAUCUAUUCAAGUCUUGAUUCUGUGAAAUAAACAUAUUUUGUCACAAAA